AUGCCUUCCGCCACCAAGCUCGAGAAGAAGGAGGCGUACCACGCCCGCCUCUGCGAUUACCUGGACACCUACGAGAAGGCGUUCAUCGUCCAUGCUGACAAUGUGGGCUCCAAGCAGUUCUCCGACAUCCGCGCGGCGCUGCGCCCGGAGAGCCUCAUCCUGAUGGGCAAGAACACGAUGAUGAAGCGCUCCAUCCGCCUCUACUGCGAGGAGAAGGAGGACGACAGGUGGGCGCCGCUGCUGGAUGAGCUGGUCGGCAACGUCGGCAUCAUCUUCACCAAGGCCGACCUCGCCUCGGUCAAGGACGAGAUCGCCAAGUACAAGGUCGGCGCGCCCGCGCGCGUGGGCCUCGUCGCCCCCAACGACGUGACCAUCCCCGGUGGCGGCACCGGCAUGGACCCCUCCCAGACGUCCUUCUUCCAGGCCCUCAACAUCGCCACCAAGAUUAACAAGGGUACGAUCGACAUCGUGAACGACGUGCACCUGAUCAAGGCCGGCGACAAGGUCGGCGCCUCCGAGGCGGCGCUGCUGGGCAAGCUGGGCAUCAAGCCCUUCAAGUACGGCCUGGAGAUCCUCAAGGUGUACGAGAACGGCUCGCUCUUCGACGCCGCCGUGCUGUCCAUCACCGACGAGGCGCUGCUCGGCAGCGCGGCGGCGGCGCUGGCCAACGUGGCGGCGCUGUCGCUGGCGGCCAACUACCCCACGCUCGCGUCGAUCCCGCACAGCGUGGUCAACGGCUACAAGAACGUGCUGGCCAUCGCCGUGGAGACCGAUUACUCGUUCCCCCUGGCCGACAAGGUCAAGGCCUACCUCGCCGACCCCAGCGCCUUCGCGUCCGCCGCGCCCGCCGCGUCGGGCGAGCCCGCCGCCGCGGCGCCCGCCAAGAAGGAGGAGCCGUCCGAGGAGGAGGAGGAGGACAUGGGCUUCUCCCUCUUCGACUAG